CAGCUUACUACUAGUGCUGAGGACAUCCUGAUGAUCGAAGGUUGGUGGAAAGCUCUUAAAUGAGAUGAGACGUAAAGAUUCUAUGCAUUUGCUUUAGUACUGGUGGCACAGGCAUCUACAGGUGAUAACAGUGAAGUAGCCAUAUAUUACAUGAACAUCUUUAAGACUAAGAGAUCAUUUGCUAAAGUUGUGAGAUUGUGGGUCAUCCUGGCUUGUUUUUGACAACUUGACAUAAACCUUGACAGACGUGGAAAGAGGGAAUCUUCAUUGGUAAAAUGUGUCCAUAAGAUUGGUCUGAGGCAAAGUCUACUGGGUAGUUUUGGUUAAUUAUUUGUGUGGCAGGGCCUAGCCCGCCAUGGACAGUGUACCUCUGCCGAGCAGACCAUGAGAAGCAAGCCAGUAGGCAGCACUCCAUGGCUUCUCCUUAGUCUCUACCCACCUCCAGGCUCCCACCUGGACUUCUCUCAGUGAUAGAACAUGAAUUGAUGGUUGUAAGCUUAAAUCCUUUUAUCACCAAGCUUCCUUUAGUCAUAGUGUUUUAUCAAAGCAAUAGAAACCCUAAUGAAGACACGGGGUUUGUGUAAACCCUGGUCAAGAUGACCUAUGUGUAAUGUAAAUGAGUCAGGACUGAAAUAUGUAAGAAAAAUAAGGUGCUCUACAAGGGUCUUGUAUGGUGGCGCACACCUUUAGUCCUAGCAUUUGACAGGCAGAGGCAGGUGAAUCUCUGUGAGUUUGAAGUCAACCUGGUCUAUGCAGUGAGUUUCAGACCAUCGAGUAAGAUCCUAUCUCAAAACAAACAAAACACCUCUAUAAUGUACUAGAUGUGGCACUUGGUGCAACUUUCUUGAGGUAAAUUUUUUGUUCCUUUUCCAGAUGAAAACAGACUUAAAGUGAUUAAGUAUGGCCAGGUAUAAUGGUGGAUACUUGUGAUCUCAGCAUUCAAGUGACUGAGGCAGAAGCAUUGUAUUGUGAGUUCAAGGCCAGCCUAGACUAAAUUUUUUUUUUUUCGGAGCUGGGGACUGAACCCAGGGCCUUGUGCUUGCUAGGCAAGCGCUCUACCACUGAGCUAAAUCCCCAACCCCCCUAGACUAAAUUUUGAAACCUUAUCUCAAAAGCAAAAUAAAGGUCGAGGGCUGAGCAUGUUGGUGCAUGUCUUUAAUCCCAGUACUUGGUAGGCAGAGGCAGAUGGAUCUCUGAGUUUGAGAACAGCCUCGUCUUCAAAUUGAAUUUCAGGACACUCAGGGCUACACAGGGAAACACUGUCCUGAAAAACUAGAACAAAAAAAUCCUUUUUGGGCCAGGCAGUAGUGGCACACACCUUUAAUCCCAGCAUUGGGGAGGCAGAGGCGGGUGGACCUCUGUGAGUUUGAGGCCAGCCUGAUCUACAGAGCUAGUUCCAGGACAGCCAGGGCUAUGCAGAGAAACCUUAUUUUGGAAAAACAAAAGGGGUCGGGGGGGGGAAUCGUUUUUGGUUUUCAUAAGGGAAAAAAAGUGGGUGCAGACACUGUAUUGCUAUGACUCUUCUAGGUACCAUCCUGUUAGGCAUUGUCUGUGGAAUCAGCCAACGCUUAUUCCUUUGUUAGACACCGUCCUUGCACACAGUCAAAGGUUAGGAUUGAUGUAACGGCUGAAGGUGACUAGGACAGACCUGUGGGAACCUCAGUCUGGUCCUUUUCCCGUCUACAUUUGAUAUUUCUUAGGGUUGAUGGCAGGAAAGGAAAAUGUGUACGGAAUUAGAUAGUUCUGCUUUAACACACACUUUCUUGCCUGAGGGGAAUUUCCCCAAAAACUUCAGAGAAAAAAUUUGCUUUGCUAGAAUUUGAUGAAAAAAUACAAGGCGUUCCUAAAUAACUUGCAUAAGAACCUUAAGCCAUGACCGUAGCUGACACACAAGUAAUGUCUAAAGGUCAUAUUAGCAGUGCUGUUUAUUUCAGUCUGUCCAUUCCCCAGCACAAAACACAUUUCAUCGCAGCUCGAUGGCUUUGACUCGGUUUUAUCUGUUAUUAUAAACACUUGGAAUGGUUUAAAGAAGGGAGAGAAAGCCAGGUAUGCCACUAGGCAGGCAGAGGCAGGAGAAUCAGGUAAGUUUAAGGCCCACCUAGAAUAUCUGAGACCCUGUCUCAGAAAAAGAAAAAGAAAAAAGAAAAAAAAAGAAAAGAGGAGAGGAAAAGAAGAAAGGAAGGAAAAGAAAAGAAUGGCUGCUAUGCAGACCUCAUUUUCAGAUGAGAAUAGGGUCAAGGAAAUUGUUGAUGAACUGACAUAAUCUGUAUUAAGAAUGGAAAAAGCAGCAGGCAUCCCUACUACCUGGGAGGUUUUGGUCAGGCUUUGCCAAUGAAAUUUAAUAAAUGAAAUGAAACUGUAGCCCUUGGCCAUUCAUUAGGCACCUUCCUAUAGAUUAUCAAUAUUGUGUACAUUGCCUUUAUUAUCAGGUCACAAAAGAUGUCAUUAAGGAGUUUGCAGAUGAUGGUGUCAAGUACCUGGAGCUGAGGAGCACUCCCAGAGGAGAAAAUGCUACUGGCAUGACUAGGAAGACUUACGUGGAAUCCGUACUGGAAGGCAUAAAACAGUGCAAACAAGAAAACUUAGACAUUGACGUUAGGUAUUUGAUGGCAAUUGACAGAAAAGGUGGCCCGACAGUAGCCAAGGAGACUGUCAAACUUGCUAAAGAGUUCUUCCUCUCUGCUGAGGAUACAGUUCUUGGCCUUGACCUCAGUGGAGAUCCAACUAUCGGACAAGCAAAAGACUUCUUGGAGCCUCUUUUAGAAGCUAAAAAAGCAGGCCUGAAGUUGGCGUUGCAUCUUGCAGAGAUUCCAAAUAAGGAAAAAGAAACACAGAUGUUGCUGGAUCUGCUUCCUGACAGAAUUGGGCAUGGAACAUUCCUCAACACCCCCGAGGCAGGGUCAGUGGAUCAGGUGAACUUCGUGAGGCAACACCGGAUACCUCUUGAACUUUGUUUGACCUCAAACAUCAAAAGCCAGACAGUUCCUUCUUAUGACCAGCAUCACUUUGGAUUCUGGUAUAGCGUUGCUCAUCCUUCUGUGAUCUGUACCGAUGAUAAAGGUGUUUUUGCAACAAGCCUUUCUCAAGAAUAUCAACUGGCAGCAGAAACAUUUAAUCUGACCCCAUCGCAGGUGUGGGAUCUGUCUUAUGAAUCCAUCAACUACAUCUUCGCUUCUAACAACACCAGAUCUGAACUGAGAAAAAGGUGGACUCACCUGAAACAGAAAGUGUUAGGCUGUAACGAGGUGAACUACUUUUGAUUAUACGUCGUAACCAAGGUCUUCCUGCCCUGUGUACCCCACUCAGUUACUGCCCACUUGAAAUUACUUCAAGUUCAGUAGCCAAGUAUAUAUGGGUCUAACUCCAGCACCUUCAUAUGGUAAGUGCUUAGUAUCCCAGACUAAGAGCCUUGAGGUCUUGCAUGGCAGUGCCUCCAUGCUGUUUGCUGGGAGGUUGUUAAACCUUCAUUCCCUAGUGACUCUGUUUUUUCACAUAGCACUCUCUUGCCAUUGGUGACCAUAAACCUUCUGAGAAGUUGAAACUCUGACUUUAGGGAAACCUCCGUUUUGUUAUGUUUAAUCAGAUUCCUUCCACUUCCCUUUAUCCUUUCGGAGUUUUUUUUUUUUAGGUCACAGUGCACACCUGCACUGUUUGUGUGGGUGCCUAGUUGUGAGGCGACUGCAGUAACAAAGCUAGAAUCUGGCUUUGCCCUUCUCAUAAUAUCUUUAGAAAUAUAUAAAGGGGGUUGGAGUAAUCACUCUAGUUUAGGAAAAGAAUGACUGACUUAAGUAAGAAAGACACAUAGCCAGAGCUUCUGGUUUAAAAUCAGCUUCUAUUUGGCUUCCCUUGGGAAGCUACCAGGACCUCCACAGUGCUAGGACUCCCUUAAAAGAUCUUUGUAGUAAUGGUAGCAUUGUGGCAUCUAGGGUUCUUAGAUCACCAAUAAUCCCAUGCCCAGAUGAUGGCCCACACGCACAGAUUUACAUAAACACACGUAUACCAUGGCCUCAUCAGCCAAAGAUAGGUGACGGCUAAGAUUGGUUCUGAAUGCAAAGAAAAAGACUUUAACAGAUAACAAAUGUCUUGGAUAUUUUUUUUCCACAAGCUAGAGUCAUUUGGGAAGAGGGACCCUCAACUGAGAAAAUGCUCCCACAAGAUCGGCUUAAUCAGUGCUUGAGCAGUUAGUGGGCUCAUGCCACAGAGGGUGAUGCCCCCUCAGGGAUGUGGUUUUGGUGGAAAGUGAAGGAAAUGGAACAUGAGGAGCAAGCUAUAGGCAGCACUCCUCUAUGGCUCAGCUUCAGUUCCUGCCUCAGCUUCCCAGGAUGAGGGACUACAAAUUAUGAGGCAAUAAACCCCUUCCUCCUCAAGUUACUUUUGGUGAUGGUGUUUAUCACAGCAUUAAAAACACUAAACUAAUAACGUAUGCUUGAAUUAUUCUCCUUCUUAGAAUGUAUGGUUUCCCUGAUCUCAGAGAAGAAACCUGGUGGCACCCUUAAUUCAAUAAAGGUUGAGAUUUUUGUUUCUGCCUUUUAGGGUACAUGAUAAAGGAAAGUACUUAAUUUUCAAAGUUCUUAGUUAUUGUUUUAUAACCUUAUAUUUCUAACUAUAUCCACUUACACAAUAAAAUCUGUAAAAUGUAACCUUUUUUCUUUACUGUGCUGGGGAAUUGAAUACAGGGCCUUCAGUACAUCCACACCCUCGAUGUAGGCAUUUCAAAGUAUUAUAAAAAAUAGACAGAAAGUUAGUAUGUAUAAUAUAUCCAGUGAGAAAAUAUGGAAAAGUAAUAACAAACAUGAUGAGAGCAGAUGACAAUAUUGUUUCUAUGUAGUGCACAUUUCUGUGUAUGCCUCUCCCGAAAAGGCUGUAGACAUGAAAGGACUAGAGGCCUAGACCCCUUGCUCCUCCUCCGUGCUUUCUCUUAGACUGACUUUUGCUCCUAUUCAUCCUCAGCACUGGCAGUAUUUGUGCCCAGUUUUCCUGUAGUAAUGAGAGUACACUCUUUUCUUUUUACAUUCUUCUCCUUUGUAAGUUGAUGAGUUGGUCCUAUGUAUUUUAAAACUUUGCCCAGUUAAUGUGAUAUGAUUUUUUUUUCUUUUUUUCAGAGCUGAGGACUGAACCCAGGGCCUUGGGCUUGCUAGGCAAGCGCUCUACCACUGAGCUAAAUCCCCAACCCCAUGUGAUAUGAUUUUAAUUUGUUCCUUUGCCUACCAUGUAAAGGUUCAAACAGAUAACUCAAAAGAACAAGAAUAAUGUCAGAGAAUUUAUUUUCCUGCCAUCCACAACUUGAUCAUAAGAAUUUAUGAUAAACUAAUAAUUUUAUAUCAUUUGCAUAUAUAAAAUUUGCACUUCAACAUAUAAAGAAAGUCAGCAUUUUAUGGGCAUAACAUUUAUUAACAUGAUAUCCCUGAGAGGCAGACUAGGUAUAAACAUUACUCUACUUUACAGGAAGAGAAGCAGAAGCAGUUUAAGAUACAAGACAUUUAGAACCGUCUGUCUGCUAAUACCCUUAUGCCUGUUCCACAAUACUAUACGUAGACAGAUUAAUACUAAAGAUAAUAAUCUCAUUUUCCUUGACAUUGCUGCUCACUUCCAAAGCCAUCUCAGAUCCUGAGGCCCUGCUUUAGCCAGGGGUUUCUUGUUCCUUCUUGCUUGCUAAGGCAGCAUAAUUGAGAUACCAUUUUCCCUUAAUUGCCAAUGUUAGUUCUUUGUUUAUAAUUCCUCAGUACUAGAACCCUAGUUAAUUACUCAUCCUAAUAAAUUUUAGGAUAGUCUUUCUCCUGAAAACUAUCUCUGAUCUUAAUCUAGUCAUGGAUAUCUAAUAAAUGUGAAAAUUAGUUAUUCCAGGUCUUGGCCAUCUUGCCAUGCUCAUCUUUUCUCUGACCUGUUCAUCAAAGCAUCUUCAAUAGACAGUAAUUUCUGCUGUUUAUCUCCUAAAGGAGUUAAUCUCAUAAACUCAAUUUUCCCAGAGCCAUGCUGCUUUCCUCUCACCAGUAUUCACAGCACAGUGUAACUCAGGUCUCCCUCUAGCACUCCUGGUCUCUGCUAAAUUGAUUUUCUGCCAACUAUACAGCUAUAUCAUGCAUUCAUAAGCUUUUCCCAGCUUCAAGCUUUGGUGAGCUUUCUAUCUUCUCAUCUUUUGCUUUGCCAUUUUCCCAUUUCUCACCCACUUAACAUCAGUUUUACAACUGUUUUGGAAAGUCUGCCCCACUCUAAUUUACCCAGUUACUUUUCUUCCUUUGAUUGCUUACUGUUUCCUAAAAAAAAAAAAAACCCAGAGUUUUCUCAGAGCAAGUUAUGUUAAAAUGUAUGUCUUGUGUAGUAACACUACUAAGCUUAGUACAUUUCUUUAAAACAGUUGCCACCUUUCAUGGUGAUGCACAUCUUUACUAUUAACUAUUCUGAAGACUGAGGCAGUCGGAUCUCUAUGAGAUCAAGGGCAGUGCAAUCUCCAUAGUAAGCUACAGGGCACCAGUGAGACCCUGCCUUUAAAAAGAUAAUAAAUGUUGCAACUAUAUAUUUGUACCUAUAUGUCUAUGUAUUACCUGUUUUACAGUAUAAGGACAUGGUAGGGUGUUUUCACUUGUACUGUACAGGGUUUUAUCAUACAUCUAUGAAUCUGUGGUAAUUAAUACCACUUGAUUGUGAAAACCUGUAAUUACUUUUGUGCUUAAAUACUUUUAUUUAUAUACAAUUGAGAGUGUGUGUGUGUGUGUGUGUGUGUGUGUGUGUGUGUGUGUGUGUACUGGUACCACCACUUGUCAUUUAGGGUACAGUGUGUUUUACCUAUUGUAGGGAGCGGCUAAUGAUGAUGCCGACAUCCGGUGGUCGUUUGUGGUAAACACCCACAGCGCAUGUGUUGGCAUACCCCCAGCAUCUACAAGGCCAGGGUGAUAUUCAUGCUAAUAAGGUAUUUCAUACUCCACCAAUCCCCAGAGGACAAGUUCACAGUCACAGCCUGUCUUGUAUUUAAGGCAAGUGCCUUUGUUCCUCGGGGUCCCUGUAUUAACAAUUAGGUGUUCCUGCAAUAAAGGCUGUUGAGAAGAAUCCAUCGGUGUUGCGUCUUCCUUACUGGUCAGGGUGGGCGCUACAGCUGGUGGCCCGUACGGGGAACCCGAGAAAAUUUUCUUUUCUCAUGUGGAUUUCAGAAAUCCUCAGCCUCAGGACGGUGACAUCAGUAAGCUCCCAGGUAAGGGACCAGACAGUUCUCUGGAGGUAAGCAGAGACUAUAAUAGUCCUGGACACAGGACUGUAAGGCUCCUUCCCGGGUAAAGAGACUAUAAAGUUCUCUGGAGUAAGCAGAGAUGAUGAAAGCCUUGGUAUAGAGGCUACAAAGUAAGGUUCUCUGGAGUAAGCAGAGACGAUGAGAGCCUUGGUUUAGAGGUUAAAAAGUCUGUGGUCUAGGAUUUGUAAUUUUGUUUCUUCUUUGUGUGUUGGAUUUGUUUUUCUUUUGAAUUGCUACUGUCCGGGACAGGAGUGCAUUUGCUGGGAAGAGCCCACUAAUGAUGAGCUACAAGAUUCAUGUGUAAAUAAACACGCCAGCUCUCCCUGCUCGUAAAUCGAUCAUAAAAGCUCGUAAAGCAUGGGAAACUCACACUCCACCCCGCUCCUGUCAGCUCUUCAGGAGCUUCUUGGUCAGCGUAAGCUUAAAAUCGAAAAGAAAAUCCUGCUGAGUUUUCUUGAUGAGUGCAAUCGUUGUGCUCCGUGGUUUAUAGUGUCAGGGUCUCUUACUUUACGGGCAUGGGACAAGUUAGGAAAAGAUCUGGAUAGGGAAAUAACAGAGGGCAAGCUUAAACCAGGGACAAAGCCGCUCUGGCGAAUGGUCCGUGCCUGCCUAGAAGAUAAACGAUGUGAGGAAGCUGUUAGAACAGGUCAGAAAAUCCUUACAGAGCAACAAGAAAGCAUGUCGGAGGGAGAAAAGGUCUCGAAGGGAGAAAAGAAAAGAAAGGGAGAUAAAAGAAACAGAGAGAAGGCAGAGAUGAAAAAAGGGGAUAAUCAGGACCAAGAAACAAAUAAGAUAUAUCCCUCUUUAAAGGCAUUGACUUUGGGAAUGUCUAGUGACUCAGAGCUUAGUGAUAAUGACUUGGCAGACCUUGAGGAAGAAGCUGCUCGGUAUGAGAAAGAGAGAUAUUAUCGGGACUGGCCACAUGCCAACGCUAUGUGGCAGCAAGCCAAAGAAGUAGAUAAGGAAGCAGUUAUACCAACAGCACCCCCUGCACCUCCGUAUAACUCUCAACAUAAGCGCAUGGUAAAGCCUGCAGGAGGUACUUCUUUUUGCCCGGAGGUAUGGAAAGAGAUAGGAUUGAGUUUUCCAGUUUUUCUGGAUGCAAACGGGCAGCGAUAUCAUGAACCUGUUGACUCUAAGACAAUAAAGCAAUUAGCAAAGUCAGUCAAAACUUAUGGAGUCAACACAGCUUUUGUUAUCGCUCAGAUUGAGGCUCUUGGCAGAUACUGUCUCACCCCUGGAGAUUGGGGGAGUUUAGCUAGAGCUUGUCUCUCUCCAGGUCAAUACCUGGAUUGGAAAUCUUACCUGUAUGAAUAUGCUAACAUUCAAGCUGCCAUUAAUCUGGCUUCAGGAGCGGAUCCUCAGAGACACUGGGACGCUGACAUGCUAUUGGGAAUAGGCAGAUUUGCUCUGGACCAGAUUGGUUAUCCAGAUCAGGUCUAUAGUCAGAUUAAUGAAAUAGCCAUUAAAGCCUGGAAAGCAUUGCCCAAUAGAGGUGCAGUCUCCGGGAACCUUACCAAGGUUCUGCAAGGAUCCACAGAGCCUUUCUCAGACUUUGUAGCCCGCAUGGUAGAGUCCGCUAUCAAGGUCUUUGGAGACCCUGAUACAGCUAUGCCUCUUAUUAAACAGCUAGUGUAUGAACAAUGUACGAAAGAAUGUAGGACUGCUAUAACACCAUAUAAACAUAAAGGUUUAGAGAUUUGGAUGAAAGUCUGCAGGGAAAUAGGAGGGCCAUUGACUAAUGUUGGCCUAGCGGCAGCAAUGAUACAAUUAAGAAAAAAGGUUACUGCAGAGACCUGCUUCAAAUGUGGCCGUAAAGGGCACUAUAGAAGACAGUGCCCUGAAAGAAGUGGGGAACGGGGUAGUAACAGACCUCCACAACCUAGAUUGUGCCCCCGCUGUAGGAAGGGAAACCACUGGGCAAGUGAAUGUCGAUCUGUGAAAGACUUGGAUGGUCGCCCUCUAGCGACAGGAUAUGGUGGUACACAGCCAAAAAACGGACAACGGGGCCCACGUCCCCAGGGCCCUCAAAUAUAUGGGGCUCUACAGAAAGACAGGCAAGGACAGGAAAAACAGAGGCCUUGGCCUUCUCUUCACCACCCGAAGGACCAAGGAGAGCCACUAAAGGCUCCACAGAACUGGACCUCCACUCCACCACCAGACUCGUACUGACCCCCCAAAUGGGAUACAGAUUUUAGAGGACCCCUCCCUAAAGACACAGUUGGGCUGUUGUUGGGACGCUCCUCUUCUGCCCUGAAAGGUUUGCAAAUUGUACUUGGAGUAGUUGACCCUGAUUAUUUAGGCACAGUAAAAGUCCUGGCAGCCUCUCCCCAGGGAAUUACUGCUAUUUCCCCUGGAGACAGAAUUGCCCAGCUGCUGCUUCUGCCUAGCUUACAUAGGCGCUUUCCUGCAGAAAAUAGGAUUAGAGGAGACAGGGGCUUGGGAUCUACAGGUUCCCGAUUUGCCUUUAUCUCGUUAGAACUAGGUGAUCGUCCAAUGUUAACAUUGAUUGUGGAGGGACGGUCAUUCCUUGGUUUGUUAGACACUGGAGCAGAUCGUAGUAUCAUCUCUGUUCAUGACUGGUCGCCUAGGUGGCCCACGCAAACAUCAUCGCAGGCCCUACGUGGUCUGGGGUACGAAAUGGCUCCUUUAAUAAGCUCCAAGGAUUGACAUGGAAGGAUGAAGAAGGUAGAUCUGGAAAGAUUACUCCCUGUAUUAUAGACAUUCCUGUGACUCUGUGGGGCAGAGAUGUGUUGAUAAAUCUAGACAUGAGACUGACUAAUGAGUACUCCCCACAGGCCAAGGAUAUGAUGAUAAAAAUGGGCUACGUGCCCAGAAAAGGUCUAGGAAAAUAUUUACAAGGACAAGUUGACCCAGUGCUGCUGAAUUCUAAAAGAGACAGGACGGGUCUGGGUUUUUCCUAGGGGCCAUUGAGGGAGGUAUACCCAUUACAUGGAAAACAAAGGAACAUGUGUGGAUUCCUCAAUGGCCUUUAUCCUCUGAAAAAUUAACUGCUGCUGCUGAAUUAGUGUCUGAACAGCUGCAAUUGGGACAUAUACAGCCAUCCACAUCACCCUGGAACACACCUAUAUUUGUUAUUAAGAAAAAAAUCAGGAAAAUGGCGAUUAUUACAUGAUUUAAGAGCUAUCAAUUCUCAGAUGCAAAUAAUGGGUCCCAUACAAAGAGGUUUACCAUUGCUCUCUAGUAUUCCUGCUGGUUGGCCUAUUAUUAUUAUUGAUAUUAAAGAUUGCUUUUUUCCAUCCCCCUUGCCCCACAAGAUAGCGUGCGAUUUGCAUUUACUUUGCCCUCUAUGAAUAAUGAAGAGACUGAUAAGCGCUAUCAGUGGGUGGUCUUGCCUCAAGGUAUGGCUAAUAGCCCUACUAUGUGUCAGCUUUAUGUAGGACAAGCCCUACGGCCUGUACAUAACCAAUUCCAAAAUUAAGAAUAAUACAUUUUAUGGAUGAUAUAUUGCUUUCCGCAAAAGAUUGUGACACCUUAAAGGCGGCCUAUGUGCAAGUGGUUAAAGUGCUUGAAAAUAAUCAAUUGUUCAUAGCAUCUGAAAAGGUUCAGAUGGGACAAAUGGGGGAAUAUUUAGGAACAAAAAUUACUUCUAAUAGUAUUUCCCCUCAGAAAAUUGAAUUACGAAAAGAUCAUUUAAAAACAUUAAAUGAUUUUCAGAAAUUACUAGGAAGCAUAAAUUGGAUUCGACCCUAUAUUAAAAUGCCCAAUGUAGAGUUACAACCUGAAAUCCUGAAAGGGGAUUCUCAACUUACUUCACCCUGUGCUUUAACCAAGGAAGCACAAUUAUCUUUAAGGAAAGUAGAGGAAAGACUGGAAAAGGCAAUGCUAAGAAGGUACAAGGAAAAGGAGGAUCUCUUUUUGUGUAUACUGAGAACCUUUCGUCAGCCUACAGGAGUGCUAUGGCAACAAGGACCACUUCUGUGGAUUUAUCCUCAUAUUUCUCCAAAUAAGACCCUUGAAUAUUAUCCUUCUGCUGUUGCACAGCUUGCUAUGUUAGGUGUUAAAUCUUGUAUUCAGCACUUUGGUAUUUUACCCAAGAAAAUUAUUAUACCAUAUACUGCAACUCAGAUGGAAACAUUGUGUGCCUUGAUAGAUGAUUGGGCCAUAUUACGCUGUAGUUUUGAUGGAGAGUUUGACAAUCAUUAUCCUAAGGAUCCUUUGCUACAAUUUUUUACUGAACAUCCAGUGAUUUUUUCCUAAGGUCACUGCCUCAGAGCCUUUGUCUGGAGCGUUAGAUAUUUAUACAGAUGGCUCCAAAACAGGUGUAGGUCCCUAUAUGAUUGAUUCUCAAGAACCAGUAUUAAUUCAAUACAGCCCAGGCACCCCCCAAGUUACAGAAUGUAAAAUAGUAUUGGAAGUUUUUAAAAGAUUUCAUGAUUCUUUUAAUUUAAUUUCUGAUUCUGCUUAUGUAGUUAAUGCUGUACGCUCACUUGAAAUUGCAGGGCCAAUUAGGUCAACUAGUACUGUAUGUCAAAUUCUUUUAGAAUUACAAAAAUUGAUUUGGGCCAGAAAGAAUAAAUUUUUCAUACAACAUAUUCGAGCUCAUACUAUUUUGCCUGGUCCCAUGGCCAGUAAUAACACCCUGGUGGAUGCUAGUACUCGCAGAGAGUUUAUUUUUCAUGCAGCUCCAGUUGAUCUCGCUAGAGAAUUUCAUCAAAAGUUUCAUGUUCCUGCCUUCACUCUUCAGCAAAAAUUUAAAAUCUCUAGAGCUGCAGCUCGUGAUAUAGUAUUACGUUGCCAGAAUUGUGUUCAGUUUCACCACCCUCCUCAGGUGGGAAUUAACCCUCGUGGUCUGAUUCCACCAAAACUUUGGCAGAUGGAUGUCUCACACAUAUCUCAAUUUGGAAAUUUAAAAUAUGCUCAUGUUUCUGUUGAUACCUGUUCCGGUAUUAUACAUGCCACUCUGAUGACUGGUGAAAAGGCUCAUAAUGCCAUUAGUCAUUGCUUAGAGGCGUGGGCAGCCUGGGGAAAGCCUGAUAGUCUCAAGACAGACAAUGGGCCUGCCUACACUGCAAAGUCCUUUCAGGCAUUUUGCCAGACAAUGCAGGUCAGUCAUACUACUGGAUUACCAUACAAUCCCCAGGGUCAAGGAAUUGUGGAAAGAGCACAUCAUACCUUAAAAGAGCUUCUACAAAAACAAAAAGAGGGAAUUGCCAGCGGGUGAACGCCAAAAGAACAACUUUCUUUAGCUUUGUUUACUCUAAAUUUCUUAAUUUUGGAUGUGCAUGGCCGCUCUGCUGCGGAUCGCAAUGCUACUACUAAACCUAUGACUAAUACAGAAGUGAAGUGGAAGGAUGUCUUAACUGAUGAAUGGCGUGGCCCAGAUCCCGUGAUUUCGAGAUCUAGGGGAGCUAUUUGUGUUUUUCCGCAGGAUCAAGAAAAUCCAAUUUGGGUACCUGAACAUUUGACUCGCAAACUGCCUCCUGCUCUUCGUGAAGAUGAGACUACGAACUCUACUAUUACUACUGGGGAUGGUAAUCCAGGUUAAUUCACUCACGCUGUGGGCUAUUGCCAGAUCCUGGCCAGUACCCAUGCCAGUUCAUAGCAAUUCUACUGUUUUGCCAACCUUCUUCUCCACCUCCUGUUUGUGUGGUGUUCCUUGUAUAGUGCCGGAUGGAGAAUCGCCCCAAUGGUAUGCCGCCACUAAUCUUUAUUACAUACAUUAUGUUUUACUCUUAAAAAUUCCUCCCAGCCUUGUAUAUGGCUGCGAAGGACCACAUUGGCUAAUUGGUUAGAUCCUAUGAGCAAUAGUGAUAUGGGCACUGGGACCAUCCUGGCUGCUUUGAGUCAAAUUACCCAAGGAGCCUCUUCAGGCAGUGGAGACACGUCAGUCAAUAAUUCUGCUGAUUUGAACAUUACAACUUUGAUUAUGAUGCAUAAUUGUAGUUUUCCAUCACGUCCAGGGCAACGCAAUCACACACUGGAUAACUCUACCUGUCAUAGAGUCUUACCUGCUUACCCCCCAUAUCAAGAGUUUCCACCCCAUGUCAGAGUCCAUUCCAUAGAGAAAAACAAUUCCUACCGGGAUUUGAGUUUUCCCCUCCUCUUGACUAGGUACAGUAUGAUUGGGGGAAAAAUAAGACUGGCAAGCAAAAUUUUUGGCCUUGGUGUCAAUGGGUAUUAUCAAAUGAACAGGGAGCAUACACAUCUCUAAUUCCUUUUACCCAAUUAUUAGGUGAAGACUUUACAUUGUAUAUAUUUCAGCCACUAGAACGAAUAACAAAACCAGUUUAGUAAAUGUAAAGAUUAAUGGCCUUUUGGCAAAUGAUACUGCCAUUGGAGCUUCAGUGUGUGUUAGACCACCUUUCUUCUUUCUGAUAAGCACUAAUGUAAGCGAUAAUGCUUUAAACUGUAAUAGCUCUGAUGUAGUCUGUUAUUUAGCUGAAUGCUGGGAUGGCAGCAAUGAUACCGCAGUGAUGGUCAAGAUUCCUUCUUUUGGGCCAGUCCCAGUAGAGGCCAACCCAGAUAGCUUUCCCAUACCUCAUUUACUAAGAACCAAAGGGGACUUUGGUAUUACGGCAGCUAUAAUCUCAGCCACUGUACUAUCAGCUGCUGCAGCAACAACAGCCGAGAUUGCUAUGACUAAUCAAGUACAGAUGGCUGAGACUAUCAAUCAGAUUGUGGAAAAAACCGCAGUGGCACUAGAGAUACAAGAAGAAUUUAAUACCCACUUGGCAUCUGGUCUUCAAUUAGCUAAUCAAUGGAUAGAUUUGAUCCAUGAACAAAUUGAAGCAUUAUAUCAUAUGACACAGAUGUCCUGUGUUUCCUCCCUUAGAGGUUUAUGUAUUACUCCUUUGCAAGCUAACUUCUCUCAGUAUUCUCAACAGAGCAAAGAAAUCUCGAAUUAUCUAAAAGGAAACUGGUCCAUGAAAGUGGAGCAAUUAUCGAGACAAUUGCUGAUGCAGAUUGCUGUCCUUAACAACACUAGAUUGGAACCUAUCACGUUUGGAGAUUUCACCUCAUGGAUUACUAAUGCUUUCUCCUUUUUUAAAGAAUGGGCUGGCAUGUUUGCCUGGGGGGGCCAUUGUCCUCUUGGGAUGCGGAGUAUGUCUAUGGCUCUUUUGCCGUUUACAACGAGAGCAUGCCAGACACAAAGUGAUUGUUUACCAAGCUAUGGUUGCCAUUGAAAGUGGUACAUCUCCCAACAUAUGGCUGGCCUCUUUGAAAAAUUAAGAGUUCGCCCUAGAUCGUAUUUUGUCACUGUCAUGUGAAGCCAUUGUAUCCAGAGACGGGCAACUUUCCUCAAGCUUGGACCAACCUAAGACACGGAGCCCGGUGGCGAUAGGGUUAUCCAACGACGGGAAAGGCCGAGCUGCCGAGAGGAAUGACCUAAGACAGGAGCAAUGACAAUAUUGACGUGACACCCUGAUCUAGACCAGUCAUAGACAGAGGUGGCUACACCCCGUUUGAACAUACGGGCUGGUCAAAUGCUCCUCUGCCCAGUUUCUCCCCUAAGUAAACACACACGUAUAGCCCAGAACGGUGUGUUACAGCAUAAGUUCAUUUAUUGCCAUUAGGGUGCAGUCCUAACUGCAAGAGUGGCUCGCCAUGGCCGAGCUGGGCACUCUGUGAGGCAUGUCUGAUCUCUCUCAGACCACUACCUCCACCUAAUGGGUUCAUUUUUAGAAAACAAAAAAGAGGGAGAUGUAGGGAGCGGCUAAAGAUGGCGCCGACAUCCGGUGGUUGUUUGUGGUAAACACCCACAGCGCAUGUGUUGGCAUACCCCCAGCAUCUACAAGGCCAGGGUGAUAUUCAUGCUAAUAAGGUAUUUCAUACUCUACCAAUCCCCAGAGGACAAGUUCACAGUCACAGCCUGUCUUGUAUUUAAGGCAAGUGCCUUUGUUCCUCGGGGUCCCUGUAUUAACAAUUAGGUGUUCCUGCAAUAAAGGCUGUUGAGAAGAA